GAUUUGUUUACUCACAAACAUGUCGCAUAAUGCGAAGUACUACAGAAAAAAGAUUUCAACUAAGACAACUGACAAAUGUAAGAAAAUAGACACUUUGUUUAAACAACAGGCUGCCGCUCAACAAUUAACAGAAUCUCAUUCUGAGUUAGUGGUUACUGACACCCAGCCAACCGAACAGGAAACGACGAAGCAAAAUGAAAGCGAGGAAAUUCAGACUGACAGUGUGCCGAGUGAGGAGUUUGAGGUAAAUCAGAUUGAAGCAAAUCCCGAGAGCUUGGCGAAAAGUGACACAGAUACAGAUGACUACGAACCACCCAAGAAAUUAAAAAUUCAAGAUAGCAGAAAGAAGUCCGCUAUUUCUCAUGAAUUGGCAUUUCCGUGGCUGUACCACAGUGCAGCAAAGGAAGCUUACUUUUGUAAGUACUGUGAAUUUCGGUAUGGUGACUGUAAAAGUGACUCAACUGCAACUAGUCCAUUUGCAACAGGUGGAGUUAAGAGCCUGGGAACACACCCAACACGAAAAUUAGAGAAGCAUCAUAAAUCAGAAGCCCACCAGCAAGCAGAGACUAUUUACCUGGGCACUGGUAAGUCUGAUCAAAGUCCAUCAAUUUUGCAAUUACUUCAACAACAAAAUGAUGCCUUAAAAGAACAAGACAAAAAGAGAAAUCUAGAAUAUCUUGAAACUCUCUUUAAGACUACCAUAUUUAUGCUAAGUAAAAGGUGGGCGAUAACUGACAACUUGAAAGACAUGAUCAAGUUUUUGGGAGACGAGCUUAAGUACAAACCUGUAGCAGAUUACUUUGACUACCACCCAACCAUCACUUAUACUUCACCAUCAUCUGUUCAAGAUAUUGUUUCUUCCCUUUCCUUCUCCAUUGAGAGUGAGAUUCUGGAGGCUAUAAGAAAAGCUGAGUGGUAUUCCCUGCUAGCUGAUGAAUCAGCCGAUGAUGCAAACAGGGAGCAGUUUGCCGUCAUAAUCCGUUUUGUUGAUGGUGGAAAAAUUCGGGAAGUAUUUCUGGGACUGCUUAAACUUCAGUGCACUGAUGCAGAAAGUCUGACAUCCAGCCUGGAAUCCAUUUUGAUUGCCAAAGGACUCGACGUCAGUAAAGCCAUCUUUGUUGGUUUCGAUGGCUGCAAUGUCAUGAGUGGAGUAAACACUGGUGUUCAGCGACGCUUUCGUCAUCUGGUUCCUCAUCAAGUGUAUAUUAAUUGCAGAAACCAUAAACUUGUUCUCUGUGUUAAACAUCUUAUAAAGGAGUUCCCAGUCCUCGAAGAGCUUGACUCGCUACUACUUGGAAUAUGGAAAUUAUUCCACUAUUCUCCAAAGCGGUAUGCCGUCUUUGAAGAAAUACAAGAAACAUAUCAUCAGAAAAAACUCAAGUUUAUAAGGGCUGCAGCUACCAGGUGGCUAAGUCAUGGGCGUGCAUGUGUCCGGCUUCUAGAUAGGUUUUCUUCAAUUUUGGACUCUCUGGACGCAAUAUACGACGCCAAAAAAGAACCAGAGAUUCUAGGUUAUAGAAACAUGCUCACAGAUAAGAAGACCAUUGCUGCUGCAACAGUCCUUUGUGAUGCACUUAAGCCAGUUGUCAUCUUCAGUGACUAUUUACAAGGAGAUGUUCAUUUCAGCAGAGUGAAUAUGAAAGUCAAGGAACUCACUGAUGAACUGCACCAUUUAACAGAGAGAUAUAGAGUGUGUGCUGAAGGCAAUGAUGCAGAUCCUGAUGUUGACUUACACUUCUCCAGACUCCCAACAUACUGGGCCGAAAUUGAUGAUAGGACAGAGUUAGCAAGAAGAAUUCGGUUGUAGCUGAACUGGCAGUCCCCCUCAUCCAUGCUCUCAUACAUGAGAUUGAGGACGGAUUUCAUUGUUCGCCAGUCCUGGCUGGAUUUAGGGUAUUUGAACUAAAAGAGGUUCCAAAUACUGUUGCCGAAUUAACAACGUUUGGAGAGGAGGAAAUGAGACGUUUAGCAUCACAUUAUGGCAACACACUUGAAGAUGUAUUCAAGGGACAUAGGACUGUCUCCCAGCCUGUCUUUUCUGAGGAAACAUUCAAGCAACAGUUUGCUGGGUUUAAACACCAGAUGUUUUUAAUGAGGUAUCCUUAUGUUUGUUUU